AUGAAUGAUAAAGAGGAUGUUGAAGAGUUAAAUACGUCGCCAACGCGGGGGAAUCUCUCUGCAGAGGUAGACGAAGAUGUUAUUCCAACUGCCAUUGUCAUUAAAAAUAUACCAUUUUCUGUUAAAAGAGAACAGCUUUUGGAUUUUAUGACAGAACUAGAUUUGCCUUUGCCUUAUGCUUUUAAUUAUCAUUUUGAUAAUGGCGUAUUCAGAGGUUUGGCAUUCGCUAAUUUUUCUACUUCUAUAGAGGCACAACAGAUUAUUGAUUCUUUAAAUGGAAGAGAUAUUGGUGGGAGGAAAUUGCGUGUUGAAUUGAAAAAAAUGUUACCAUUAGCUGAAAGAGAACGCAUCGAAAGGGAAAAAAGAGAGAAAAGAGGUCAAUUAGAAGAGCAACAUAGAAACUCUUCAAAUGCUUCUUUAAAUAAACAUAAUAAUGGUAACAAUAAUUCAAGAAAUCAUCACCAUCAACAACAACAACAACAACAGCAACAACAACAGCAACAACAACAGCAACAACAGCAACAACAGCAGCAACAAUUCGUGAGUACUAUUAAUUACAACGAUCAACAACAUAGUCCAAUGUUGAAUUUUACGCCAGUGAAUAGCAAUAGCAGGUACUAUGCUCCAUUUCCACAGUCUUCAAAUGCUAUCUUAUCUACAGGUUCAUCACUGCCUACCAAUAUAGAUUUUAAUGAUCCUGAUACCUUAGAAAUAUAUUCACAAUUGCUACUAUUCAGAGAUAGCCAACGCAAUUACAACAAACUGGUAUACCCUCUAGGACUAUCUCAGACUUUGAAAAACAUUGUUACUGCCGUUUGUUGUUUAUUGGGUUUGAUAGAGACUGUUGAUCAAAGUAAUAUAAUUAUACAAAGAACUGCAAACAUGGAGAAUUCAGUCCCAAAACCACAGGUGUUCGGUUCUCCUGCAUUAGAACAACAACAGACUUUUGCCAUUUCUACGCAUAACCAAUUACUUUCAGGUGCCAAUAAUAAUUCUAAUGAUAAUUCUAAUGAUAAUAAUGCCCAUAACUAUGUAAAUAACAUAGGUUUGGGCUUUAGUAAUGAUAAUACGAUUUCUCCAAAUAGAUCAAGUUUCCAUCAACAAUCAAUGAACUCUCCAAGAUUAGUAAAUGGUUACCCAUCCAAUGUUUCAUUAUCUAAUAUGUCUCCAAUGAACAACAACUAUUCGAUUUUGAGAAACCAGGGUAUAUCCCCUACCACUCAGCAUGUUCAAUUAAAUAAUACCACAAGUCAAACAAACAUCCCAUCAAUAUAUCCCAAUUCUGCUGUUAAUAAUUUACUCACUUCAAGCCUAUCCUCUUCAAAUAUCCCUGUGGAAUUGGAAGUGUUGGGUGGAGUCAGUGAUGAAGCGGUUAUGUUCCCUACAACUAGAACAAGAUCAAUCGCUGCUUUCAGCAGUCAAUUGGAAGAAGGUUUGAACAGAUCUUUAAGUGGAUUGGAUUUGAGAUCCCAUUAUUCUUCUUUUGAGAAUAAUGGUAAUGGUAACAGUUCGGUUUGGAAAUAA